UCCUGUGCUCAUUUUGCCCUAGUCCCCACCAUUCCUUCCUGCCUGUCCUCACAUGUUUAUGAAUCUAAUUGGCCAUGAUAGACACCAGAAUUUAUUUGUGACCCUGCCUUACAGACUCUAGAAACACCUUUUUGGGGGGUCACCAUUAUUUUCUGAGCCCAAGGGGGCUUCCAAGGCUGGGGGCGGGGCAAGCUAUUUCUCUUCUCCCCAGCCAGGCCCUCAGCAUCCUGAGGAAGAAACCUGGGUCUGAUCCGCUAAGCCUCCCUGGGUCUCUGCUCCAGGUGUCCCUCCAGAAUGGAAAUGCUCCCUGAAGGGGGAGAUUGGACCACAAAGAGUUUAGGCUCCAGUAUAUAAAUCAGGCAAAUUCCCCGUUGAGCAUGAACCUCUGAAAACUGCCGGCAUCUAAGGUCUCCUCCAAGGCCCUCUGGAGUCCAGCCCAUAAUGAAGGUCUUGGCGGCAGGAGUUGUGCCCCUGCUGCUGGUUCUGCACUGGAAACACGGAGCAGGGAGCCCCCUUCCCAUCACCCCAGUCAACGCCACCUGCGCCACCCGCCACCCAUGUCACAGCAACCUCAUGAACCAGAUCAGGAACCAACUGGCACAGCUCAAUGGCAGUGCCAAUGCUCUCUUUAUUCUCUAUUACACGGCCCAGGGGGAGCCAUUCCCCAACAACCUGGACAAGCUGUGUGGCCCCAAUGUGACGGACUUCCCACCAUUCCACGCCAACGGCACGGAGAAGACACGGCUCGUGGAGCUCUACCGUAUCAUCGCGUACCUUGGCGCCUCCCUGGGCAACAUCACUCGGGACCAGAAGGUCCUCAAUCCCAACGCCCUCAGCCUCCACAGCAAGCUGAACGCCACGGCGGACAUCCUGCGGGGCCUCCUCAGCAAUGUGCUCUGCCGCCUGUGUAACAAGUACCACGUGGCCCACGUGGACGUGGCCUAUGGCCCUGACACCUCAGGCAAGGACGUCUUCCAGAAGAAGAAGCUGGGCUGUCAGCUCCUGGGGAAGUAUAAGCAGGUCAUUGCCGUGGUGGCCCAGGCCUUCUAGACGGGAGGUCUUGAAGCCUGCAGGGAACACCCUGAGAUCCUAGGCUCAGGCGGCUCUCAGACUGUGGCCAGGGCCCAGAGCAUCGCCAGGCCAAAUUGGGGGCUGCCGGCAGACCCCCGAGGUUUCCUGGCCAGUCCACUCCCCUUAGGGUGGGCUGUGAUAAAGCCGAGCAGUGCCAAUUAGGAGAAGGACCCUUCCUGUGGGAGACUGUGGCCAGGCACCAGGGUGUUGGGCUGGUGAGGGGAUUGUGGGCUGGACCUCUGUCCCCACUUGGCCCACUUGGCUAGGGGCUUUGUGAGAAAACUGCACGAGUUGUCCAUGGUGACUCUG